AUGUGGGUUUACAGCGAUGACAAACCUCAUAAUCCCAGCAGCAACACUAGGCCCAGGACAGAAAUCCGCAUCAAGGGAAAGGACUAUAAAACUGGGGUGUGGCAAUUCGAGGGUGAGGGAUAUGUUCCACGAGGGACGAAUGGAGUAUGCGUGAUGCAGAUUCAUGGCUAUGUGGGACACGCCACAGUGAUAAUGUUAGAUGCUGUGAAUGGAGAUCUAAAGCGAUACCAUGCCGAUGUAGUGUCGCCUGAUAUUUUUGAUCGGUGGUUUCAUCUGAAUGUUAUUCAUGAUACAGACCAGAGGAAAGUCACCGUGUUUGUGGAUGGGGAGGAGAGGAUAAUGGUUGAUGUGAUAGGGGGUGACAACUAUUAUUUUAAGUGUGGAGUGUACGCUCAGACCGACGAGUCAUCCUGCAUGGAAUCUCAUUAG